CCUGGGGCGCUAGCAGCCCAGUUCUGCUGCGCUUUCUCCCCACUUACUUUUCACUGCCCAGGUUUCCUGUCCUUGAGGUCCCGGGCCUGGGGUGCCUUGGACGGAAACUCGGUGAGGAGAAGGGGGCUGCGAAUUCUGUUCAGACUCAUCUUUUCCUCCGCGGCUUUUGGUGACGUCUGGGGAAACCUGAGGGAAAGGAGCCUGCCGAAGGACCCUCCAGACAGGUGUAGACAUCUGGCUACAAAAAUCUGUGACGGGAGCCUGCUUGUGCCGGUUAUUGAUUUAUUGCCUCACAACUCCAAAUUCACCCUUUUUGACUGCACUGUGAAAAUGGAUCUGGGCCUUUUAAAGCAUCAUCUAUUUUCUGCUGGCAUCCAUGAAACAGUAACAGGCCCCAGACUCUUCACAUAUCCUGAAACUACUCACCUACCUAAGAGAAUCUUGACAUUAUUGGCAUAAUCUCCACCAACCUAUACCUUUCCUCCCAUGAAAGGAAGCUGAGAGCCGUGAUGAGUCAAAUAACAUAAUAAACUUCUGAGAAGGAAUCUCCUGCAGCUUAUCCAUUGUGUGAGUAAAAACUAAAUCACAUCCAUAAUUCCACUGAACUGGGCACACAAAAACUGCCAUAUAUGUCACAGUAUACUGAAAAAGAGCCAGCAGCAAUGGAUCAAGAAUCCAGCAAGGCGGCCUGGCCCAAACCAGCAGGAGGAUAUCAGACAAUCACAGGCAGGCGAUAUGGCAGAAGACAUGCAUAUGUCAGUUUCAAACCGUGUAUGACCAGGCAUGAAAGAAGCUUAGGUAGGGCUGGUGAUGACUAUGAAGUGUUGGAACUAGAUGAUGUUCCGAAAGAAAAUUCCUCAGGUUCCAGUCCAUUGGAUCAAGUUCAUUCUUCUUUACCCAGUGACCCUUUAUUUGAAAAAACUGAAGCAGAAAUUCCCAUUUGUGAUACAGCAUUGAAUCAAACCAUUGAGAGCAGUCCAUCCUUUGCUGCAGUACAUCAUAGCGAGAAAGGCAGGGAGACCUUAGGAAGCAGUACGGAUCUUCACAAUCAUUCUGAGGGAGAAUAUACUUCAGGAGUUUGUAAUGCUUCAAGUGUCCAAAAUGGAAUUACAUUGGUUCAUACUGACUCUUAUGAUCCAGAUGGCAGACAUGGAGAGGAUAAUGGCCGUCAUCAGCUCUCUGCUGACAUUGUGGAAGGUGGUAGAUAUCAGGAAGCAUUGGGCAAUACAGUGUUUGAGUUGGAAAAUGGAGAGGUAGAGGCAUACAGUGGUCUUUCACCGACAGUUCCCUCUUUUAACUGUGAAUUAAGAGAUGAGUUUGAAGAGGUAGAUUCAGCACCUUUAGUGAAAAGUUCAACUGGUGAUACUGAGUUUGUCAAUCAGAACAAUCAGGAAUUUCAGAGGUCCUCUUCUGAAGAUGAAAUGGUUAGAAAGAAACAACAAAAUAAUACUAGCCAGGAGAGACAAAGAGAAAAUUCAGUUGAAGAUUCAGCCUGUGCUCCCAGGCAUAUUUGCAGUGAACAAAAUACCAGUGAUAGGGGCAAAAACCAGGGAAGUUCUCCUGAACAGGUAGUGAGGCCCAAAGUUAGGAAACUGAUAAGUUCAAGCCAGGUGGACCAAGAAACAGGUUUUAAUAGGCAUGAGGCUAAACAAAGAAGUGUUCAGAGGUGGAGAGAGGCUUUGGAAGUUGAGGAAAAUGGCUCAGAUGACCUCUUAAUAAAAUGUGAUGACUAUGAUGGAGAACAUGAUUGUAUGUUCUUGGAUCUGCCUUUCGCAAGAGUUACACAGAGGGAAACAGAAGAUAACCAAAUAACACCAGAAAAUGGAGCCACAGGAAGGCAAGAAGUUGUGGAUAACACGUUUUGGAAUGGCUGUGGAGAUUAUUACCAACUGUAUGACAAAGAUGAAGAUAGUUCAGAAUGCAGUGAUGGAGAAUGGUCUGCCUCUUUGCCUCAUCGAUUUUCUGGUACGGAAAAAGAUCAGUCCUCAAGUGAUGAAAGCUGGGAGACUCUGCCAGGAAAAGAUGAGAAUGAACCUGAACUACAAAGUGAUAGCAGUGGUCCCGAAGAGGAAAACCAAGAAUUAUCUCUUCAGGAAGGAGAACAGACAUCCUUGGAAGAAGGAGAAAUUCCUUGGUUACAGUACAAUGAAGUCAAUGAAAGCAGCAGUGAUGAAGGAAAUGAGCCUGCCAACGAAUUUGCACAGCCAGAAGCUUUCAUGUUGGAUGGUAACAAUAACCUUGAGGAUGACUCCAGUGUGAGUGAAGACUUGGAUGUGGACUGGAGCCUCUUUGACGGCUUUGCAGAUGGACUCGGAGUUGCUGAAGCUAUUUCUUAUGUGGAUCCUCAGUUCCUCACUUACAUGGCACUAGAAGAACGCUUAGCCCAGGCUAUGGAGACUGCCCUGGCACAUUUAGAGUCUCUUGCAGUGGAUGUUGAGGUGGCCAAUCCACCAGCCAGUAAGGAGAGCAUUGAUGGUCUUCCAGAGACCCUUGUUCUUGAAGAUCACACUGCUAUUGGUCAGGAGCAAUGCUGUCCAAUCUGUUGCAGUGAGUAUAUUAAGGAUGAUAUAGCAACAGAGUUACCCUGUCAUCAUUUCUUUCACAAACCUUGUGUCUCAAUUUGGCUGCAGAAGUCAGGGACGUGCCCUGUGUGCCGCCGUCAUUUCCCACCUGCUGUGAUGGAAACACAGGCAGCUGCUUCCUCUGAGCCUGAUCAUGAUGCCCCACCUGCAAACGACAGUACUGCAGAAGCCCCCUAAACCUGAACACUUGAAUGAGAUCGGUCUAUCAAAGUAAAUCUGCAGCUCCUUCUAAAAUAUGAUGUGCAAAUAAUUAUAUAUAAAUAUAUUUAAAAUGCUAUAUAUAGUCUAUGCCAUAGUUUAGAAAGAGAAUAUUAACCUUUCUAAACUAAAUUUAGGUUUGCAGAAAGUACUAAACAUUUUCAGUCUGAAUGUUGAAGUAGUGCAUUCAUUUUCUUUAGUUUAAUAUGUUAUUAAUUGUAAUGUCAAGCUUAUCGAUUAACUUUAUCCAGAAGAAAUAAUCAUCUGUGUGGCACACAUUAUUGGUUUUGUCUGAAGUACUGCCACUAAGUGAUUAUAAUUAAGCUUUCCUAUUUGCAUCAAAUGUGAAGAUUGUGGUCACAACAGUAGUAAAAUUUGGUUUCGUUGGAAAUAAAAAAGAAUUCUAAAGCAUGCUUUUUCAUUGGUCCCUUUGCUUUUGCUUCAUCAAAACCUCUUGGUUCAUAAUACUGAGUGGUUUUAUAAGAAGAUAACCUACUCUUUCAUCUUUGUUUAAAAUUAGGACUUUUUAGAAUGCCAAACAAAACUUCUGGCUAGAGCAUCACAAAAUUUUAAAAUCUUAAAUGUAAUCUCCUUGAAAUGGUUAGGUAGUAAAAUAAGUUAUUAUAUUUGAAAUGGUGGAUGUGCUUAAAGUAAGGUUAGUAAAGCAUAUAAACAAUCUCAUGUGCUCAGUGCUUGGUACAGUGAGAUGAAUUAGAUGGCCUUAUGAAAUCCUUUCUAUUUGGUUAAAUUAUACUUGAAGGUCCAGAACACUCAUGGCACAUUUGUGUAAUAGAUACUGGAUAUAGUUAAAGGUAAUUUUGGCUCUGAAAUAUUUUGGACAGUCUGAAAACAAGCAUAAAGUGUUUUAAAACACUCAUUCUGUUGUAUCCCGAAGGAAAAUCUGAAUCCUUAAAAAACUAGAAGAUUAAUUGUGCUGUCUUGUAUAAAGCAUAAAACUGAUGGGGUCCAGGACAGAUUUGGCCAUACCUUUUUACAACAUAUCUAAGCCUUACUAUGUUAUAAUUUAUUAUUUUAAAAUAUUGUUGAACAAGGAUUAGUCAUAUUACAUUAUCAGCCUUUGUUUCUUUACACUAAUUUAUUUUGGGAAAAUUAUUCACCUGGAACUAAAAUAAAAACAAGUAGUUUCAAAUUAAGCCAUGGGUGAAAAAGGAAUAGAUUGUAUGAUUGCCUAGUUACUGUAUGAACAGAACUGAACAGGUAACACAGUUCCAUUCUUAAUUUCCUUUCUCUAAAAGAGAAAAGAAGUUGCUGACCUCACAUUUAUCCUCUGAAAGAGAUCUGUUCACAAGCUUUUACAAAAGUGAGGAAAUCAGCUUUCCUUACUUUACUUUUUUUUUAAUGGGAAAUUUGACCCACAGGGUCAUCUUUGUAAUUAUGUAACCAAACUAAGAGUGCACAGCUUUCUCUUUAGGUGAUCACACCCAGUAGGCAAGUAUGUAUCAACAUGGACAUAAUAUUUAACUUACGGAUGUGAUUAGGUAUCAAUACCAGAGAAUGAUGGGUAUUAGAAUGCCACAUUUGAGCAAGUAAAAUAGUAAAACACAUAGUGAGUGUACAUCCAUCCAAGUAGUACAAUGAUAAUUUAGUUUAGACACAUAAAAAGAAUGUUUAUAUGGCUUCCCAAAUGCAAAAUUACAUUUUAUUUGUGUAAUUUCUCUGCAUAUUUAUAUUCCAUCUCUUUACUUCAUUCUUAAAAAUAAAUGAAUUUUCACUGUUGGCACAUUUGAGGCUUAAAUAUAAGGAACAUAACACUUGCAUUCUAAUUUUUGCAUAUAUUGUAAAUGUGUCUGGUACUUACAGCAAAAUACUGUGUAUCCUUUUAUGGGUAAAACAAAACUGAACAUUGCAUGCAUGUAAUGUGGUGACUUUGUAAUUUAGGGGUUCUUUGGGGCUUCUGUGACUUUGGAAAUGCUUACAUUCAAGCCUUAAUGUUGCAUUAGGUAGCAUGUUUUCCUUCUGAUGUAUAUAGUCACUGUUGUAUAAACUAAUCUUUGCUUGUUUUCUACUCUGUGAUCUUUCCAUACCAUAUUUCAUUGAUAAUCAGUUAGUGUCAAGGAGUCACAUAAAAUUAAAAUUAAUUCUCAUGUGUAUAUUGUGGAAAUUUGUGGCUAGUGUGAUUUUUAUUGUUGUUUUUUGUUUCCUUUAAAUAAUAAUGAUCAGUUGUGACACUUAGUGGUUAAACUGACAUUGUUACAGAUUUCUCUGUAAUAAGCCACACAUUAUAUUUAGGCAGUAUAAAGGGACCUUGGUUUUCUUCUCCUAGAUAGCAGCUGUCCCAAAGAAAAUAUUUCUUCUUUGGCUGUUAAGAUUUAGCUGUUAUCUGCCAUUGUUAAGAGGUUUUGGUUCCAAAUUCAACCAGCAGUGUUGAGAGCUGAACUUAAGAUAGCUGUUGUACUUUUUGCUUUCCAUCUGUUUCUGCCCUUCAUUCUUGGCUCCCUACUAUCUGUAAACAGCUGCUAUGAAGGAGAAAAGUUGAAUAAGAGUUGGCUUAAAAAUUCUUUAAAAAAGAAAAUUGAGGUUUUAGAAUUUUCAUUGUAACAAGCUGAUAUAAGCUGAGGCUGACAAGUUAGGACACCUAAAUAUUGUUUGAUCACGUCUUGGCUCCUUUUGAAAAAGUAAAGAAUAUAUGAAGGUAAAUUAGAAAUAUAAAUAUUAAUAAAAGUAUUGUUUCUCUUAUUUCUUUAUUCUAUGUUAAGUGACUUGACCUAAUAAUUUUAUUUUUUUAAACGUCUUCUUCUUUCUUGUAAUUUGAAUGCUGAUAUUUAAAGGUAGAUCUAUGUGGUUUUCUUUCGUGUUUCUUAAUUGUUUAUCUCUAAGCUAACUAACUCUUAUUUGUGAUCUGCAUAUAUAUAUAAACUGUUAAAUAUAUGUGAACUGUUUAAAUGGAAUGCAAGUUUUUCAAAAUCCCAGGUCUAAACGUAAUGAUUGGUUUAUUGUUCUACAACCCCAAUCCAUCAUUUUUCGUGUAAAUCAUAAACAAUAAACUGGAUAUACUCAGUG